AUGUUGGAAAAUGAAUAUUCUAUAGUAAAACAGAAAUCUUCAAAAACAAUAUAUAGCAAAGAGAAAUCGUUAAAAACAAUUAGACAUGACACUCAAAAACAAGAUGAUUCAUUUUUGUCACGUGAAAUGCAUUUGAAAAAUAUUUCAAUUACCAAGUUUGAAAAUGAUAAAGAUUCAACAAAAAAUAUUUGUAACUUUAAAAAAGACAAUGGAAAUAAUAAUUCAGUUUUAAAAUCAAAAUGUGGUAUGCCAAGUAUACUAGAUAUUUCAAGUUUAAAUAAAAAUGAAUCUAUUCAACAAAAAAGUUUAAAUUGUUUUAAAAAUCAAUCUAUCAGAAGAAAAUUUAUAAUAAAUAUUGUUGGACUCGUCAUUAUAAUGUUAUUAAUUGUUUCAGUCACAGUUUCAAUUACAUGUAUUCCUUCAAUUCGAAAAUGGCUUAGUUCUCCAGAAAAUAAACUACAUAUUUAUGGAAUAUUUUAUAUAACAUUUGCUUUGUGGGUGAUUGUUUAUCUUGUUACUGUUUGUUAUCUUCAAAUGAUAUUGAAUGAUGAAAGAAAUAAAAUUGGACCAAAUGACACUGUUUUUGCUGUAAUAAUCUUAUUUACUGAUAUAGUUCAUAUUUUUAUGAAUUUGAUUAUUGGAAUAUAUUAA